AUGCUUGAUUAAAUAAGAGUAGUUUUUCUAAAAAACUAUAUUGUCUUAGUUAGAUCCAAGGUUUUUAUUCAAAGCAUAUAUGUACCCAUUCUUUGUACACUAUUUUCAUGCUUAGCUUAAAAUGUAGAUAGCCUUGCUGGAUUAAAAACUCUUUGGCCAAUGUAUUAAUGCAUGUCUAUCAAUGGAUAUAUUAGAUAUGCAUCGAUGGAAAUAGUACAAGAAAAAAAAGACUAACAGAGAGAAAAUCAAAAAAUUAUGGGCUUGACCCACUGGAAUUACAUGAUGGGAUAACUACUCUUUAGUACUUGCAUUUGCGUAAUAAUUGGUAUCUUUUAUUACACAGCAUGCUCUAUUGGUGGAGUUUAUGAGGGUAUCAAUUUUAUGAAAGGCAUUAUUUUAUAUAUAGCUUUUGUAAUUGCAAUGGUUUGUAAAUUAUAUUUUUUGACCUCCUUCUUCACUAGCCAGAAACUUGCUUCAGAUAUAAUAUCUUUAGUCAAUUUAUUCUUUAGCUUUGUGUAUAUCUUUGUCCUCUUAUCUGACGUUCGUAAUGAUAAAAUAUUCAUUAUUUUACUUUCACUCGCUCCAUAAGCAGCUUUAACUCUUGGCUUAAUGGGUGAUGGUUGGAGCAUAUUGAACAAAUUAUCAAUUAGUUUUGUAAACUUUUCAGUGGAUGAAGCCAUUCUUGUUUUACUUUUCGAUAUUGCUGUUUAUCUCUUACUUUAUCUCUACUUAGAUUAAAUUUGGCCAAACGAAUAUGGAACUUAAAAAAGCCCACUCUUCAUAUUUCAAUCGAUUAAGAAAUUAUGUUGCAAAUAACAAAGCUAGAGUUAACAAUAGCAAAAUGCAACAGUAGAAUAUGUUGAAUUUAAUGAUUUAGAAUUAGCUUCUUAAAACUUUGAUAGAGAGGCUCCUCUCUAAUAAUAAGUUGCAGGUGUUUUAAAUUAAGUUGAAGAUAAAAGCAGUGCUUUAUAUCAUCAAUAAAUAGAUACAUCUAAUCUUGUAAAGAGUUUGCAAAUUUCAAACCUGACAAAGCAUUUCCAUGGUUAUUAUGCUGUCAAAUAAUUAACACUAAGUUUAUAUGAGGGUUAAAUCUUUUGUCUUUUAGGACACAAUGGUGCAGGAAAAACAACAACAAUAAAUCUUAUUACUGGUAUGAUUCAAAAAUCACAUGGUUAAGUUACUAUGAAUGGAUUAGAUCUUGACAAGGAUUUAGAUGAAAUUAGAAGAAGUAUUGGAUUAUGCAGUUAAAAGAAUAUUCUGUAUGACAAUCUAACUGUGGAAGAUCAUUUGUGGUUUUAUGCUAGAAUAAAAUUGAUUCCAGACUAAAUUAUUUAAGAAGACAUUUAAAAUAUAAUAAGCAAAUGUAAUCUUCAUAAUGAAAGAUUUAAAUAUGCAUAACACCUCUCAGGAGGUAAUAAGCGUAAAUUAUGCUUAGCAAUUGCAUUAAUUGGAAAGUCCAAAUUUAUUUUCUUGGAUGAACCUACUUCUGGUGUAGAUGUUAUAACAAGAAGAUAAAUUUGGGAUAUUCUAAGAGAAGUUAAAAAUGAAGGGAGAAUAAUUAUCCUAACUACUCAUCAUUUAGAAGAAGCAGAGGCUUUAGCUGAUAGAAUAGGAAUUAUGGCUUAAGGUUAGUUGCUAUGCUUAGGAACAGUCGAUUACAUAAUUCAUAAAUUUGGAGUAGGCUAUUUCUUGAAAGUAUAAAGUAAAAGUGAAAAUGAAACAGAAAUAAAUCAAUUCAUCCAAAAAAAAGCUUAAUUAGAGUCUAUUGUUAAACAUUAUAUUCCAAAUUGCUAAAAGGAUCCUUAGACAUAGGAGUAAAGUUUAAAGUUUUUGCUACCAUUUAGUAGCACUAGUUAAUUCAGUGAUUUAUUCAAAUAACUUGAAUCUGACAGAGAUAUAAUGAUAAAUUUGCAAAUAAACUCCUUAGAAGAUGUUUUCGUAAGUAUUGGGACAGAUGAAUAAAGAUAUUUCAAUUUGGAAUAGCAGUAACAGUAAUAAUAAAGAUAAAACGAUAUUGGUUACUCUGAUUUUUCUAACAUUUAAAUUCCUGAAUUUCUUAAAGACGAACCAUUUUUCUCUUUUUAAACUUAAACUUAAGUAAUUGCAAUUAGAAGAAUCAAAAUGCUAUUUAAGAACCCAGUCUAAAUUAUUUCUUACAUAUUUCCUUUUACUAUUAUUGGAAUCGGCUACUUUUUUGCUCACUAAGCCAAAGAUAGUUUUGAAGUUUUCUAAAUAUUUGUUACUAUAGCCAUUUGCUUUAUCUGCAACUCAACUGGAACCACAUUUAUCAUUGAGAGAGAAAAGAAUUUGCUAUACACUCUAAGAGUUAUGGGAUGCAAAUUAAUACCUUAUUGGUUUGGAACUUUUAUAAUUGACUUCAUCUUAGCUAUGUUUUACUUCUUAGUCGUAAUAAUAAUAGCCUAUUAUUGCAAUAUAAGAUCAGUAGUUGGUGAAAAUUUUUAACAUAUUUCAUACAAGUCUUUUGUAACAGUUUUUACUGGUGUAGCAACUUCUUAUUCUUACAGUUAUAUGUUUGAAAAAUCUUACACUGCCUAUAUGGCCUUCCCUUUAUUUUAGUUGUUUGUUAACUUUUACUUAGGACUAGCUUUUAUUCUCCUCAGUGCAAAGUUUUCUCCGUGUUAAAUUAUAAGCUAUGUAUUUUUCCCACUUGGAGUGAACAGCUUAGGGAUAGAUAAUUCAAAAGAUCCUGAGAGUAUGCCAGUUCUUUACUUUGGUUACAGUUCUUUGAACACUAUAGCUUUAAUUUCAAGUAUAUUACACUUGAUAUUUGCAAUGUAUCUAGAAAAAUCUUAAAUACUUUCCUAUUGUAAGAGGAAAAAUUAAUUCACUCCAAUUGUAUAGAUUUAAAGGGAUCCAGAUGUAAUUUAAGAAGAAUAGAGGUCCUCUUCUUAAAUCGAUCCAAUUACAGCAAGGAAUAUUAGUAAGUAAUACGACAAUUAGUACUUAGCUAUAAACGGAAUUAGUUUUGGUGUUUAAAAAAAAUAAAUAUUUGGCUUACUUGGUCCUAACGGAGCCGGUAAAACAACUACUUUUAAUAUACUUACUGCAAAGGAUAGUUCAUCUUCAGGAUAGGUUUUUGUCAACUAAGAAUAAGCAAUUUAAACUAAUGAAAAUGCAUGGUAAAAUGUAGGAAUCUGCUCUUAAUUUGAUAAUCUUUGGGAUGAUUUGACUGUUUAUGAUCACCUUGCCCUUUUUGCAUCUCUAAAGGGGCUAUAAGGAGAAAAAAGAGAAAGGGCAAUAAAGUACUUUACAUAAACUCUCCAGUUAGAAGCUUAUAUUGAUAGGAAAUCUGAAAUACUAUCAGGUGGUAAUAAAAGAAAAUUAUGUGUAGGAAUGGCAUUAAUUGGCUCACCUAAUGUUUAGUUUUUUGAUGAACCAUCUAGUGGAUUGGAUCCUAUUGCAAAAAGAUUCCUUUGGAAUACCUUAAAAUAAAAUCUUUAACUUAAAGAUGCAUCUAUCGUACUAACAACUCACUCAAUGAACGAAGCAGAGUCUCUAUGCUCUAAGAUAGGUAUUGUUGUUAAUGGAUAAUUCUAAUGUAUGGGAUCUCCUGAACAUUUAUCAAAUAAAUAUGGAUAAGGAUAUAGAUUAAAGCUAAUAAAGAAUCCUAAUUGUUUUUCUUAAGAGAUCGAUUCAAUAAUUUUAAAUUCUUUUUAAAAUGCAAUUAAAAUAAUUGAUUAAGAAAAAACACUUAUUUACUAAAUACCAACAUAAUAUUUUAUCUUUUCAAGAGUUUUCGAUCUUGUAGAAAAUAAUCUUAAAAAUAAAAUUGAAUAGUAUAGUAUACAUCACACUAAUUUAGAACAAAUAUUCUCAUAUUUUGCAACCUUCUAACAAUAAUUUAUUGAUCCACCUAUUUCUUAGUCUGAAGUUUAAGUCUGUAGUUGUGAGGGUAUGAAUGCACUACGUUGGUGUACAAUGUGUUGCUGUUGCUGUGUAUGGUGA